AUGCAUCUGAGCGCGAACGAAGGGAUCGAGGACGUGUGGUUCGCGGUGACGGGCGGGCAGGGCUUCGUCAGAGCUGCCCUCUACCUCGAGCUACUCUGCCGCGGCACCCGCGAGGUCCGGUCCCUCGACCUCCACGCCUCCUCCUCCUGGUCCCAGCAGCUCCUCGACGCCGGCGUCCGCAUCAUCCAAGGUCAUGUCAAGGAAAAGCAGGACUACGUGAUGGAGAGGAGGAAGAGCGGAGGCACACGUGAGGGAGAGAUCGAAUAA